AUGGGUUCAAUUGGUUUGGCAGAGAAGCCUCAUGCAGUUUGCAUACCAUUCCCAGCACAAGGCCACAUAAACCCAAUGCUCAAAGUAGCCAAGCUCCUCCACUACAAGGGCUUCCACAUAACCUUUGUGAACACAGAGUUCAACCACAAACGCCUUCUUAAAUCCAGAGGCCCCAACUCUCUCGAUGGCCUUCCUUCCUUUCGAUUCGAAAACAUUCCGGAUGGCCUGCCUCCGACAAAUGCUAGUGUCACCCAAGACAUACCAUCUCUGUGUUACUCCACCAGGAGACACUGCUUGCCUCACUUCAGAGAGCUUUUGUCUAAGCUCAACUCUUCCCCCGCUUCUCCUCCUGUGAGUUGCAUAGUUUCUGAUGGUGCCAUGAGCUUCACUCUUGAUGCAGCAGAGGAAUUAGGGAUUCCAGAAGUGCUUUUCUGGACAACAAGUGCUUGUGGCUUCAUGUCCUACGUUCAGUACCAUCGUCUCAUUGAAAAGGGUCUCACUCCUCUUAAAGAUGCCAGUUAUUUGACAAACGGAUACUUGGAGACUGUGAUCGAUUGGAUACCAGGCAUGAAAGAUAUCCGAUUGAGGGACAUCCCAAGCUUCAUAAGAACCACAGACCCAAACGACCCCAUAUUGGAUUUUAUCCUGCACGAAACAACACGAGCUAGAAAAGCCUCAGCUAUCAUUUUGAACACAUUUUAUGACUUAGAACAUGAAGUCAUAGAUGCACUUUCAACUUUGCUUUCACAUAUUCACUGCAUUGGACCUCUCCAUUUGCUACUCAACCAGAUACCAGCAGACAACGAGUUGAAGUCAAUCGGGUCAAAUCUGUGGACUGAGGAACCAGAGUGUCUUGAAUGGCUCGACACGAAAGAACCUAACUCUGUGGUUUAUGUCAAUUUCGGAAGCAUCACGGUCAUGACAUCUGAGCAGCUGAUUGAGUUUGCUUGGGGGCUUGCAAACAGCACGCAUACAUUUUUGUGGGUUAUUAGGCCUGACCUUGUAGGUGGAGAAUCAGCUGUAGUUCCGAAAGAGUUUGUGGAUGAGACGAAAGAAAGGAGCCUAUUGGCGAAUUGGUGCCCUCAAGAACAAGUCCUGAGCCACCCGGCCAUAGGAGGGUUCUUGACGCAUAGUGGAUGGAACUCUACGCUUGAAAGUGUGUGUGGUGGAGUGCCCAUGAUCUGCUGGCCCUUCUUUGCAGAGCAGCAGACCAAUUGUAGGUUUAGUUGCAGAGAAUGGGGGAUAGGGUUGGAGAUAGACCCUGAUGUGAAAAGAGAUUAUGUGGAGGGGCUUGUGAGGAAGUUGAUGGAGGGAGAGGAAGGCAAGGAGAUGAGGAAGAAAACCUUGGAGUGGAAGAAGUUGGCAAAGGAGGCCACUACUGGUCCUAGUGGGUUGUCUUUUGUGGAUUUUGAGAAAGUGGUCAACCAGGUGAUUCUAGCGCAGAGGAAGUAG